GGCGCAUUACAGUUUGUAGAUAAGUGCUUGUGAUCUGUCAGCAUGUCAAGGUUAGCUGCACGUUGAUAAUUUUAAGGGACCCUUCGUUCGACCGACUGCUCCACACAGAGACUGCUUGCAACCCGUGUUCAUUCAUUCUGUGUCAGUAUCGCCGACCACCAUGUCGCCAAAGGUUGAAGUCGUCCUGAAGAAUGUGACGUCUACGCAAGGGGAGGGUCCGCACUGGGAGGGGGACACCCAGACGCUGGUGUUUGUGGACAUCAUGGCGGGAGAUGUGCUUAAGUAUCAUCCGGGCACCGGGCAACAGUCGAAGGUACACGUGGGUGCCCCUGUUGGAUUCGUUGUUCCCCGGAAGAAAGGUGGGUAUGUGAUUGCCGCAGGGCGUAGUCUGUCCCUUCUGGACUGGGACAAGCAGACUGUGACGUCUCUCGGCGAGGUGGACGUCGGAUCUGGCAACAGGAUCAACGAUGGCAAGUGUGACGCCAGUGGCAGGCUGUGGGCAGGGACCAUGGGACCUCCCGUUGAACCAGCGUCUACCCGCCCGAACUAUAUUCCAAAGAGAGGCUCUCUAUACAGCCUUGACCUUGGGGGAAAGAUAACCCAGAAAAUCAAGGAAGUGACAUUGUCCAACGGCUUGACGUGGUCAGAAAAUAAUAAGACAAUGUUCUACAUAGAUUCACCGACACGGAGAGUGGAUAUGUUUGACUUCGACCUUGAGACAGGUGACCUUGCUAAUCGACGCGUGUGUGUAGAUUUUGACACGUUCCCCGAGUUCCGAGGCAGCCCACCCCCCUUCCCCGACGGCAUGACGGUGGACACCCAGGGGAAACUGUGGGUGGCUUGCUACUUCGGCUCCUGUGUGGCUCGCUUCGAUCCGGAAACAGGAUCAAUGCUACAAACGGUGGAAAUCCCAAACGCCGAGAGAGUAACGUCGGUGUGCUGGGGAGGUUCGAACCUAGACCAGCUGUAUGUGACCACCAGCAGAAGAGGCGUCACAGACGAAGAGUUCGCGACAACACAGGGUCUGGCAGGGUCACUGUUUAGAGUUACCGGCCUUGGUUGUAAAGGUCUGCCAGCCAAUGUGUACGAAGGCUGAAAGGGAAAGAUAAAGCAUUGGUCUCUGUAUUAUAGAUCGAUAUAGUUAGUCAGCUCGAAUGAAAACCUUUCUAGGAUCAUAUUAUGUGAAAAAUAAAACCACUCACCCAAUCUUUGCAAAAUCAACAUAUUCUUCAUCAAUUAGUUGUAGAUCCGAUGGACGGAAGUGUACGAUGGGCGGAGUUUAUGUGAUCACGUGACACUAAAGUCGGUAGGAUAUGUUGGUCAGUAAAGAUGUCUGUGUAGGGAAGACCGGGGACAAAUGUAACACGGGGCAUUUGUAACAAUGGACAUUACUCUCAGAAAAUAAGCUAUAGCAAAUGUUAGGCAAUGUAGAGCUACUUCCCUUAGCCUUCCCGCCAAGGACAUCCAGGUUUAAUGGAGCAGUCCACAAGAAAAGAAGCAGUGAACAAAAUUCAAAUUUUAUUCAGGGAAGUAAAAAAACUCUAUAAAUACCAUAACGUUUUUGUCACCGGACGUAUGUUGCAAAUUGUGUUAUUAAACUUUUUAAAUGGAAACUUGUUACAUGGCGCCAUAUUUUGAACUGCCCUAUGUGGUAGAUCUGUUACAUGCCCGUCGCUAUACAAGUGCAAUAAUCUUGAGCACGACGUUAAACCCCAUUUCAUCUCACCUCACCCUUAUGAUUCUGUCCCUGGGACUUUGGGUCCAAUUCCUUUCUCACCGGAAGUUAUUAAACCAAAGGGAGGACAAAAAAGAAAGAUAUCCCAAUUUCUGAAUGACACGCCUGUCAAACGGAUCCUGUUAGAAAUGAAACUAAAGACAAAAGAAAAGAAAAAACAAAAACAAAAACUAAAACUAAAACGUCUGGCGUAUUUAAACAAAGGAAGAAGCUUGUUAAGUACGAUUCUGACAGUGAUUCUGAUUCCGAAAUGAACAUUUUCUUGGUUUGGUGCGACAAGUUUUCAAAUAGUCGUCCAGGUGAAGAAUGGGUACAAUGUUCUUCAUGCAAAUAUUGGGCUAAUGAAGAGUGUCAUCAAUACAAGGAUUCUUCAGUUGACGAUAUGUGAUGACUGUACAUUUGUUUCCAGUUCAAACAAGAUUAAUCAGUUUCACAGUUCUAUUUUAGUGUAUUUUCAAUAAUACACGGUUUGUUACAUUUGACCCUUGUGUGUUACAUUUGAUCCAUCCACCCGUUACAAUUGAACCAUGAUUGGGUACAACACUUGCUAGCAUCGCAUUUCAUGCGAAAAAGUUAUGUAUCGACGGUAAAUGGAACCUCAAAUGAAAUGAAUUUUAAAGCCAGUAUGAUGAUGUUAAACUAACUUGGCGAGAGUGUUUCUGGCAUUGAUUUGCAUGAAUAUAAACUGCCCGUGUUAAAUGUGUCCCCGGUCUCCCUGACAGCUGCGAAUUCUAGUGGUCUGAUACGGUAGAGAUGUUUUAGCGUGAAUAAAAUCAAGUGUUUUUUAAA